CCUUAGUUUACUUCCGCCCAAAUGACAUUUGUUCUGUCAUUUGUUUUGCUUACUCUUUCCGGUUUCGUACUUGCGGUAGUGAAGUUCUGAUUCUUCUGAAGCAGUAAAGUUUCAAUACAAUGGCUAAGUCAAAGAAUCAUACCAAUCACAAUCAGAACCAAAAGGCCCACAAAAAUGGCAUCACCAAGCCGAAACGCCAACGCAGCGAAUCGACCCGCGGCAUGUGCCAGAAGUUCCUGCAUAAUCUGAGAUUCUCCAAGAAGGGUAACCUGUCAAGCGAGGAAUCUCUGAAGCGCGCUGAGGAGCGGAAGGCAAAGUUUGCUGGACUCCCAGCACCGGUUCGGCUGUAAACUUCUUUCCACCGAGGUUUUUCAGAAGGGCGAUGCUCAUUCGUAUUCGCGCAGAUACUGUUCUAUUAGGUACGGUUACGAUUGAUGCGUACAAGUGAGCGUAUGUAACUUUAAUAUGGAAUAAAAUUUCAGUUGGAUAUUUA